AUGUGUGCCCUAUCCAGACAAAGACUGGCACACCGUCAGUCUUUCUCUCAGUCACUAUUGUUCCUGUGGUUGACAAUGACAUCAAGAGUAGUAUGUAAAUUACGCGAAAUCAUUGCCGAGGUUACCGGUAAUGCUCGGUCUGACUAUGUCACAUCUCUACGUGACGAACAUAGAGAGGAGCUACUGCAAGGUCGAAAGGCUUAUGCAAUCGACAAUGAUAGCAGUGAAAUUACACUAUUUGUGCCUUGGAGGCUACAUAGACCUAUUGAGAUGCUGUUCCAGAGGAUAGCUGUAGAUAGUCGAAUGUCUACAGCGGCAUUUAGGAAACUGGUCGACGGGGCAGCCCUAUUCCCAAGAUCACAGAGUUCACGGAAAAAAGAUGAUAUACUGGAAUAUAUUUUGGGGAGAGUGGUUGACAUAGAUUCAGUGGACUUCGAACAGUUCCUACAUGCACUGUUCCUGCUGGCAAAGUACCGUGCAGCCGUACUAAGAGUCACUGAGCAGUGUGCCUUCAAUCACAUGCUCACCACGCUAAUCGGUUAUGGCAUACGCACAAUGCCACAGCGGCAAGGGACCGUACAUUUAGGUGAUUCGGGUAACAAGGCAGACUAUGAGAGUACACUGGGUUCUAGUCCCAGGUCUAGUAUACACGAAAAUGAACUUCUGCGUGCAAUGACCUCAGCUACGAUCAAAAAAGUAGGAUCUCCUACCGCAUCAUCGACCGAGGGCGACGCGCUCCAGCGUGCCAUUACUCGAGCUAUUUCUCAACACAAUGAUAACGAAACAGACUCAUCAGAUCGAGAUACCGCAAAAAGCGGAUCUUCAAAUGCUAUGCAGUUGGGAAUGAGCAGCUGUGACUCGGUGGACACGGAGAAGCAGACACUGCAGCCAUUCCAGACCGAUCAUUUGUUUCGUAUGGCCGAAGACAAGAUGAAUGAGACAUGCGAGCUGUUGAAGAACGAAUUACUGACUAUGCGCGCACAACUUGACGAUUACAAGGUCCACGAGAGCCACAGGCAGGAGUUGAUACAUAAGAUAUCUGUGCUCAAGGGGGAUAAUGAACGAUUACAGAAUCAGAUGGACACCGACGCUGCCGCUGCUAAGGAAAAACAACAGCAACUGGAAAGUACCAUCACUGAGUUGAACGAAGAGUUGUCAGCAGUGAAGAAAAACGUUGCCGAGUUGGAGGAACAGCUCCAGCAGGCCAAACAGCAGAUAGAGGCCGCAGAAAAUUAUCGUUCUCAUCAACAACAGGUGCAGACACUGAUUGCAUUACAGAGGGAUUAUGAGAGCAUGUUGUUCUCUGCUUUCGUGUCCUACAGGGAUGAUGCAUUGGUUGGCGGCGAGUUCGUGAUGUCUGAGGAUAGCUGCAUAGCCUUCUGUCUAGAUUUCGGUCUAGACGAAAUUCAACUUGCUGCAGGAUCAAAUGUAGAUCCGGCUGCCAAGGUAGCAUAUAAGGAUGUCGUUAAGUCGUCAUCCAGUGGCAAGCUUACAUAUGGUUUGUUCAAAGAGUUUCUGUUGCGCUUGGCCGAGAUAGUCGACCCUCAAUCCACUCAGAAGCGUGCAUUCCAGCUUCUGUUGUUGUAA